UGGAGAUAACACCUUGAGUGAGAAAAGGGCUGGCAAGUGAAUGAAAGUGCUUGAAACACAGGAAGAAAGCAUCGCAAAGCAACAUCCAGGAAUUGAGGCUUAGAUGUUUCGUUGGACUAGAAAAAUAUCUAGGUCGGGAUGAGCUCCAGCCAAGGCCUCUACCACUUUUCUUCUGGAUCUCUCAGAGGUGCUACAGGAUGUGGUUUCUCCCAUCUCGGAGGAUCCUACAGAGCAUCCAGCUUGCAGCACAUCCCUAUGGCCUGUGGAAGACCCAUCUGGCUAACCUCUGAUGCAGGGGUAGGUUGGGAAGGCUUUAGCGGGAGCCAGGGGAACCUCUUCAUGGGAAGGAAUGAGAAGCAGACCAUGCAGGAACUGAACGACCGCCUGGCCGUCUAUCUGGACAAGGUGCGUUCUCUGGAGGAGGCCAACACUCAGCUGGAGGGCUGUAUCCGAGAGUGGCACAAGAAGAGGUCUCGUGGCAACCAGCAUGACUUCAAGGAAUAUGAGCAAAACAUUUUAGACAUGCAUGAGCGGAUUGAGACUGGACGGGUUACCAAUGCUGGCAUCGUUCUACAAAUUGAUAAUGCUAAAAUGGCAACUGAAGACUUCAGGCUCAAAUUCGAGGCUGAGAUGGCCCUUCGGCAAAGUGUGCAGACUGAUGUGGAGAACAUUCGUAAGGAACUUGACAACAUGACAAUCAUCAUAACAGACCUGGAAAUGGAGAUUGAAGCUCUGCGAGAAAACCACAUACUCAAGAAAAAGGAACAUGAGGAGGAUAUGGAAGCACAUCGCCCUUCUAGGGACUUCCAGGUGAAUGUGAAGGUGAACACAACCCCACAAGAAGAUUUGCCCAAGAUUCUAGCAGGGAUACGGGAGGAUUACGAAACAAUUAUUGAAAAGAACCGCCAAGACCUUGAUGCCUGGUUCCAAAAACAGGUUGCAAGCAAAACUCUGAAAGCAAGCCCCAGCCAUGAAGAACUGCAAAGCAGUCAGAAAGAAACCAGUGAACUUAACCGCACACUACAAACCCUGGAAAUUGAUUUACAGACUCAGCUGAACAAGAAAUUUGCCCUAGAGAACACCCUAGAUGAUACCAAGUCUUAUUAUGCCUUCCAAAUUCAAAGCAUCCAACACUUAAUCUCCAAAUGUGAAGAAGAGCUCAGCGAGUUUCGCCAUGACAUCAAGUGUCAAAAUAACCAAUACAAAGUCCUCCUUGGAAUAAAAACCCGCCUGGAAAAGGAAAUUUCAACUUAUCGCCAGCUUCUGGAAGGAAAGGCUGAUGGGAUGACCACCUCCAAUUCAAGCUUUAGAGAAUAUGGUGGAUCAGCCAACCAAAGUCUAAAGAAAAUUGUGCAAGAGAGUGUGGAUGGGCAAGUAGUCUCCACACAGACUGCUGAGAUCAAGCGGCACACAUAACUUCACUGGUUCAAAUAAAAGAAGCUGUUCUAGACAGAAAAAAACCCUGGAAGUCAGACUAUCUAAUUAAAAGAAUUCAGUUCCUUGUUGGUAACAUAUGUAAACACACCUGUUUGGGGGCCUUGAAUCUACUCUCUUCAUUCUAUCAUUUGCAUGUUGCUGCAACCCAAACUGAUUGUAAUUUAAUUUAACAUGAAUUUACCAUCUUCUCUUGGCUCCUGCUUCUUUAACUAGAAGACAAAUAAACAUGUCAUUAAGUUAUAAUUGUUCCUAAUAACUGGAGUUUAAGCAUGACAACAAGUAAGCAAAGAAUCUUGUGGGACCUAAGAGGUCAGAAAUGCAACACAAUUAUGCAUUUAAAAAUACCAAUUUGGUCUAAAGACAAGCUGUUUUAGCAAUAACUAAUCUGCCUACUUUCCUUUCACUAUCCCUACAACUGGACUAAAUUUAGCCCAAAUCAUUUAGGAAGUUCACAAAUUAGCCCA